CUUCAUUUCGCAUCCCGCUCAACGACAGAUCCCCUUUCUGUACUACGCGAUCACGAACUCAACACGCCGAAACGAUUCUGAAUUUGUGCGAAAAGACGCUCUAGUUACGACCGGAAAGCUGCUGUCCGUCAUCGGACGCAACGGCAUCGUUUGCGGGGCCUGUACCUGUAGCUGCGUCGUUCUAGUAAUACUUGGCCAUCGAAAUCGAAAGAAUCCCACUUGACGAUCCCCCGGUUUCGCCCACCGAGACCGCCCGCCCCCUUCGACGCUCGGAUGAUGGUCUAGGGGCAGCUCAUGAAGGCGCUUUCAAUACCAAAAGCAGACCAUAUAUCGACAAUCUAAGCUUUACCGCUGUUUCGUCAGAAAGGGUGGCCGACGGCUGUUGGACGAUAUCAACGAACAGGCUUUGGCUGAAGGCCCGCCAUUCGUACAACUGGCAACCUCUGCCUUGAAGUUGGGCGGCAGGUGCCCCAAAACCAGUCGCAAAGAUGGCUCCCGCGGGUGGUGGAAACAUUAAGGUGGUGGUGAGAGUGAGACCAUUCAAUAGUAGAGAGAUCGACCGUGGCUCAAAAUGUAUUAUCGAGAUGAAAGACAACCAGACCGUCCUUACCCCGCCGUCCGAAGCUCAUGCAAAAAAUGCAAAAGACGCUGGCCAGAAAGUGUUCGCCUUCGACAGGUCGUACUGGUCAUUUGAUCGCAAGGACAACCAUUAUGCCGGCCAAGACAACCUAUUCGACGACCUUGGUCAGCCUCUUCUCGAGAAUGCCUUUGGCGGUUACAACAAUUGUAUUUUCGCCUAUGGCCAAACAGGUUCCGGAAAGUCGUAUUCCAUGAUGGGAUACGGCAAGGAAGUUGGUAUCAUCCCAAUGAUUUGCCAAGAUAUGUUUAGAAGGAUCUCAGCCCUGCAAGAGGAUAAGCACUUGCGGUGUACGGUCGAAGUGUCAUACCUCGAAAUCUACAACGAACGAGUGCGAGAUCUGUUGAACCCGGCAACGAAAGGAAAUCUCAAGGUCCGAGAGCAUCCGUCGACCGGCCCAUACGUCGAAGACUUGGCGAAGCUGGUCGUUGGCAGCUUCCAGGAGAUCGAGCACUUGAUGGACGAGGGAAACAAGGCCAGAACUGUCGCCGCAACAAACAUGAACGAGACGUCAAGUCGAAGUCACGCAGUUUUCACCUUGAUGCUCACCCAGAAAAGAUUCGACCCCGAUACAAAGAUGGAAAUGGAAAAGGUCGCCAAAAUUAGUCUGGUUGACUUGGCUGGUUCAGAAAGAGCUACAUCAACAGGUGCCACAGGUGCUCGACUGAAGGAAGGUGCAGAGAUCAACAGAUCACUAUCCUCCCUGGGUCGAGUCAUCUCAGCCUUGGCAGAUAUUUCCGUGGGGAAAAAGAAGAAGGGUCCCGGCGGACAAGUUCCGUAUCGAGACAGUGUUCUCACGUGGCUGCUCAAAGACUCAUUAGGUGGAAACAGUAUGACGGCCAUGAUUGCAGCCAUCAGUCCAGCAGACAUCAACUAUGACGAAACCCUCAGUACCUUGCGAUACGCCGACUCUGCGAAGAGAAUCAAGAACCACGCGGUUGUCAACGAGGAUGCCAACGCCCGUAUGAUCAGAGAACUCAAGGAAGAGCUUGCUCUGCUGAGAGGUCAACUAGGGGGAGGAAGUGUUGGGGCAGGCGCGGCUGGAGGAGCUGCCGGCGGUACCGUCACGUCAGAAGAGGUCUAUCCGGAAGGCACUCCUCUAGAACAGCAAUUCGUGUCGAUUACAUCUAGCGACGGCGCUGUGAAGAAGGUUUCCAAGGCCGAGAUUGCAGAGCAACUCAAUCAGAGUGAAAAGCUAUUGACAGAUCUCAAUCAGACCUGGGAGCAAAAGCUGCAAAAGACGGAGGAGAUCCACAAGGAACGAGAGGCCGCACUCGAAGAACUCGGUAUCAGCAUUGAAAAGGGCUUCAUCGGACUUUCCACUCCGAAGAAGAUGCCCCAUUUGGUCAACCUUUCAGACGAUCCGCUACUUGCCGAGUGUCUUGUAUACAACCUCAAGCCAGGUCUGACCACGGUUGGAAACAUGGACACCAAUGCUGACAACCAAGCAAAUAUUCGUCUUAACGGGACUCGCAUCAUGCACGACCAUUGCGCUUUUGAAAACGGACCCGAUGGUACCGUAAUGGUCAUUCCGAAGGAGGGAGCGUCUGUCAUGGUCAACGGCAAACGAAUCGAGGAGCCUAAACAGUUGCACUCCGGUUAUCGUGUUAUCUUGGGUGACUUCCAUAUUUUCCGCUUCAAUCACCCUAUGGAAGCCCAAAAGGAAAGAGCAGACAAGAACCUGUUGCGUCAAUCUGUGACGGCUAGUCAGUUGCAGAAUCUCGAAAAGAGCAUGCCGACGCCAGCUGUCAGCCCGCGACCUGGACACGAACGGAACUGGAGCAAAGCUGGUUCAGACUUUGGCGACAGUCGGCCGGACUCUCCGAUACCGUUUCGUGCUGGACGUGACAACGACUUCAUGUUCGCAAGACGAGAGGCAGCAGAAGCUAUACUGGGCCCGAACCAAAAUUUGGCUAGUCUCACUGACGAGGAGCUCAAUGCACUAUUCGAAGGUAUCCAACGAGCGCGUGCCGAGCGUGUCAAUGUCCGCGAUGGGGAUGAUGACACGGAAUCUGUCACCUCAUAUCCGAUUCGAGAAAAGUACAUGUCGACUGGCACAAUUGAUAACUUCUCUCUCGAUACCGCCCUCACUAUGCCUUCGACUCCAAAGCAGGGUGAAGUAGACGACAAGUUGAGGGAAGUGCGAGAGGAGAUGCAAUCUCAGCUUGACCGGCAGAAAGAGGAGUAUCAAGACCAGCUUAAGACAGCUGAAGCGGCCAACGUCGAAGUGGAGGAGAUCAAGAAGGAAAAGGUCAGGAUGGAAGAAACCUUACAGUCGCUUAAGGAGGAUAUGCAACAACAAUUGGAGGUGCAACGUCGCCAAUUCGAAGAGAAGCUCGAAAAAAUGGAUCCCUUGAAGAGGCCAAAGGCAAAUCCCAAGCUCUCUGACGAAGAAAUUGAGACUGCAAAGCAAGUCGUGAAGCUGUGGCGGACUAGGCGCUACGUGCGCAUGGCGGAAGCAGUGCUGCAACACGCCUCAACUUUGAAGGAAGCGCAAAUCAUGAGCAACGAGCUUGACGAGGGUGUAGUCUUCCAAUUCACUGUCGUGGACCUCGGCCAUUCCCUUUGCUCUACCUACGACAUGGUUCUAAAUGGGUUGACUGGCGAAGGAGACGACAUCCCCCUCGAAGAAACACAAAAGCCAUGCAUCGGCGUGCGCGUUGUUGACUACAAGAACUGCGUUGUGCAUCUUUGGAGUCUGGAGAAGCUACACGACCGGGUUAGACAAAUGCGGCAAAUGCACCAGUAUCUUGACCAGCCAGAGUAUGCUCAGCACCUGAGUCUUGAUAACCCGUUCAUCGAGACUUGCAUGCCGCAGUAUACGCUUGUAGGAGAGGUCGACGUGCCGCUAAAGGCUGUCUUUGAAAGCAGGGUUCAAGACUUCGCCCUGGAUAUUCUCUCUCCCCAUACGUCCCAUGCCAUCGGCAUGAUCAAGCUUUCGCUGGAGCCAUCGCACGCUAGAGCACCAUCCAACACGCUGAAAUUCAACGUUGUGAUGCACGAAAUGGUCGGCUUCGCCGAAAGAGAGGGCACGGAGGUUCAUGCUCAACUGUUCAUCCCUGGGGUCUCGGAGGAAGAUGGCAUCACCACCACGCAGUGGGUCAAAGAUUUUGACGAAGGGCCUAUUCGCUUUGAGAGCGUACAUAGUAUGAGCGUUCCUCUUUUCAGCCCGCAAACCGUCACCCUCAGAGCAGCUAUUUUCGCCAAAGUUUCAGCAAUGCACCUGGACAAAUUACUGAGCUGGGACGACAUGCGCGAUGCUGUACCAUUGUCCAGAGGAAAAGGCAAGGGAGCGCGCAUCGCUGAGUCACAAUUUUUCACCGAAGAGAAGCACGACGUAUUGGCAAGGAUACAGAUUCUCGAACUGAACGAGGAAGGAGAGUACGCACCCGUUGAAGUAGCACAAACGAGUGAGAUGGACGGCGGUACUUUCCAACUUCACCAAGGGCUCCAACGCCGCAUUGCCAUCAACAUCACGCACAGUUCUGGCGAUGCUCUGCCCUGGGACGACGCAAUGAACCUGAGGGUGGGUAAGGUUCAGCUUCUUGAUCAGUCAGGAAAGUCGCCAGAUAUGACGUCAACGUCACCUACCAUCACCCUCAAGCUCGCCAACAAGCCUGCCUUCCGCGAUAACGCCAAUGGUACCCGAAGCAUCACGCUGACCGGCCAAUGGGAUUCGAGCUUACACAACUCCCUGCUUCUGGAUAGAGUGACCGCGGAUAAGUAUCGUGUUCAGAUGACGGUUGCCUGGGAAAUUAGUUCCAGCAAGUUUGCGGAACCGAUGAAGUUUGCGAUGCAUGUCUGCUGCCAAAUCAUGUCAAGAUCAUGGGUGCGACAGACGUCAAUGUUCUCCUCGCUGUGGCAAAGCGUCCGUUUCGUUCAUGCAACGAGUGCCAUAUUCACACUGUCGAUGCGGCCGGCUCCUAUCAAGAGAAUAGGCGACUUGUGGCGGAUGAGCAGCCAGCACGACUACGUCAAAGGAGAAGAGCAGCUCACUACCUGGACCCCUCGGGGAGUCUCCCUGGUUAGCGACUUCAUUCUUUCUCGCAAGAAGAGAAAGCGAAUUGCGGAAAUUGGAGCAGUGCAGACCCUCCUCAAGAAGAUUGGUCUGCCAGAGCCGAAGCUGAAGGCGACAGAGGAGGAGACACCAGAAGAAGACCUGCCGCCCCAACCCACGUAUCAAAACGACGAUGACGAUCUGUUGAACGACACACCAGAGAGCUCGCAGGUGCCAGAGGACGACGAACUUCUCAACGGAGACGGGCAAGAAACGCCACAGCCAGAGGGGGAAACUGAGGCAGUGCAAGCAGCUCAAGAACCAGAGAUACCCGAGCGAGAGAAGCACAUCCUUGAGAAAUGCAUCAAGCUCUGGAACAAGUACCCCGAUCCGCUGCUGCAGAUUCUCAGCCCAACGAAUACUGAUCCGCCGACGGACGGCUCUGCGCCGGAGGCUUCCGCUCCGCCGAGCCUGAUCCCAACGAUUAUCCGAGUUCCGAAGAACCCCAAGGUUCUCAAGGGCGGCUAUCUGCUGAUUCCUAACAGCAGCUCUACGAGAUGGGUUAAAAGAUUUGUGGAACUGCGACGGCCAUACCUGCACAUCCAUUCUGUCACUGAUGGGGAUGAAGUGGCCAUCGUCAGCCUACGAAACUCACGCGUCGACAGCCAGCCUGGCGUUAUCGGGCUCUUGUCGGGUGACGACGAUGACACGGGUUCGCAAACCAACGGCAGUGUAGAAGAAUUCCGCCCGAGCCAUAGACGAACUGCGUCUGGACGUGUCAUCUCAACCAUUUGGACAGGCACCGGUACAGGUGGCGCAGCCAAUGGACCUGGCGGAGGCUUGCAGAGGCUAAGUGAGCGACUGCAAGCUGGAGUUUUCGCGAUUUACGGCACGGACAAUACUUGGCUUUUCGCUGCACGUAGCGAGCGGGACAAGAUGGACUGGAUCUUCCGCAUCGACCAGAGCUACUUCUCGAGCAGCGACAGCGCCAACGGCAGCGGAUCGGGCACCCCCGAUAGAUAUGAUGAUUCUCUCAUCGGCGGGUACUGAUUCUGGGGACCAGUCAUGAGUUCAUCAACGAACCUCUUGUUUCCUAUCUUACCAGUCUAGAAAGACGAAACCCCAAUUUGAAACGACGGCAUUGCAUGAGCAUUGGGCUCACGCUCAUUUCAACGACAUUUUCUCUUUGUUCCGUUUGUAUAACGCACGACACGACUUGCAGUAUACCCUCUAUGGCUUGGAAAAUAGGAUUGCGGAGGGGAGAGAGCAGGAGGAGGAAGAGCUGAGACGGAAGACGGAAGUCGGAAGACAGCCGAUAAUUGUCUUUUGGUUUGGGAGAGGUUGGCUAUAGACGAGGUGGACGGACACGCAGGAAAGAAACCUGCUGCACAACGAAUGACACAAAAAUCUAGACAGAGACAGAGAGCUGCCCCUGGGAAAAGAGGGGGGGAUGCAAAUGAGGCCAGCCUGAGGCAAUGUGCGCUCGUUCUUCUUGGUUGCCACGAAGACUUGGAAACCCGGCUUGCGGUUAGGUGAG